AUGCACCACAGACCAGUCGAGUUUGAUGAAGCGUCGCAUAGACGACCGGUGCGACCUAUCUUGAACAAGAUAUGGACUUGUGUCUUCCUAGUGCUUCUCGUUGCAGCUCUGGUAACGCUCUACAACAGGUUACAAGCUGCUGGCCUGGAGUACUCUGCAGACAGCGGCAGCCGUCCUCAGCUCGAUUUGUCGGGAUAUCUAUGCGCGCCCAACGGCGCCCGUCCCGAAGUGGCCUUGGAGCGCGGGUGCGACUGGGACCCCAUCAGCUUCCACUGGUACCCGCGUGAGCGCGUCCAGGACCCCGACAACCAGGAGCUGAUCCGCGGGUUCCUCGAAGCAGGGCCGUGGCACCGGUUCUAUGACAGCAAGGGCACCGUCGAGGUCGAUCCAGCAAACCGAGUGCUGACAACCUUGUGGCUGACGAAGCGCGAGCAUGUUGUGCACUGCAUGUAUACGCUACGGCAAACGCACCUGUGGCUGAACAAGGGCUUUGAUCCGCCAUUCAACUACAGCCACACUAUUCACUGCACCUCAUACCUCGUCAACAUUAUUCUCAAAAGCCCAGUGCCUGACAUGGACGAGUUGACUGUCCACGCUGUGCCCUACCCUCCAGACUGGCAGGUGGUGAGUAGUUUACUGAAAUCUUGGAUCUCUCUGGAGUUUAUCAAAGGAUAUGUAAGCUAA